AUGAAGAGUCUACAGAUUUGCAGAUCUGCCCUGCUGCGGCCGAAUUUGCAGGUUCUCUCCCGGCGCAGCGCCCCCCGAAACACCAACGCGUUCCAGACGCGGCCUUUCAGUACGGUCCUACCCCUCCGUCAGGCGCAAGUUCGGCCAGAGAAGCCGGUGAACUUCUACCGGAGCCACGGCCGAGCACUGGCCAAGGCGCUUACGUUGGCCUUUCUCAGCUACCAGAUUGCAUAUUGGGCGUGGCUUUACCUGGAGACGGAGGAGAUCAAGCACGAGAAGAAUCAGGAGAUCAAAGCUUUGGAACGUGAAGUGCGACUUUUGGAUGAAAAUCGACGGUCACAAAAAUCUAGUGGAUAA